UUCCAUCAAGGCUAACAACACCUACAAGAGUAGAAUGAAGCAUGAAGAAAGCCCAGCAGAAUUGAGGGCUGACUUGCAACAUAUUGAUGGGUCUCACAGCUGAGUCAUAUGUUAUCAUCACCUGUCCUUUCAGUCAGAGCCGAGAUUGCAAUCCCACAAACAUGCAGCACACAGAAACAUUGCUGGCCAUGUUAAAGCAGAUUCAAAGGAGUUCAGUGUGUUGCGGUGAAAGAGCCACAGACAAUGAUCUUCAAGGCAGUGAUGGCUCUGGGAGUUUGGGAGGCCCAGAUGUCAGGAGAAGAAUCCCCAUCAAACUCAUUUCAAAGCAGCCACUAAGGAGCAAACCUCCACCGCGCACCCAGAGACCAAGCAGCAGGCCAUGUAAAAAUGAGCCUGGAGACGACGAUAAUUUUGUCUUCAAACAAGAGGAGCGGUUUGAUUGUGGUGCCAAAGCAGGAGAUGUGUUUGCAAGUCAGAGGAGAUUCCCCCAGCAGCUGUUUUGGGACUACAAGUUAAAUUUGAUUGGAGAAAGGGAUGAAAUACCCAUUCACUUCUGUGAUAAAUGCGGCCUACCAAUCCAGCUCUAUGGACGUAUGAUCCCCUGCAAACAUGUUUUUUGCUACGACUGUGCUUUACUCCAUGAGAAGAAAGGAGAUAAGAUGUGCCCGGGUCUCACCUUGUAUAAUUGCACAGACCCCGUGCAGCGCAUCGAGCAGUGCCAGCGUGGCUCCCUCUACAUGUGCAGCAUUGUUCCGGGAUGUAAACGCACCUACCUGUCCCAGCGUGACCUGCAAGCUCAUGUCAACCACCGUCACCUGAGGGCCGCCAAGUCUGGAAGUCGCCAGGACCAGGUCCACAUGCCCCCUUCAUCUGACAUCCCCGACCGCUUCCGUGUGCCUCCUCCUCACCUCCCCAAGAACCACGUCCACCUCCCCAACCCGCUCCAACACGGCGGCCACGACCCCUACAGCCAGCCGCCCCCUCCUUCUGCUCAUGACGCCCCGCCACCAUCUUCGGGUCUUGGUCCUGAGACGUUCCGCAUCGCCACGGUAACAACACGUAAACACAGUAAUCUCAUCACUGUGCCCAUCCAAGAUGACUCCUCCUCUCGGGAGCCUCACUCUGGUGGCCCUGGUCAGCCCCCCCACCACCACCCUGGGGACUACCCUGGCCAGCCACCUGUAGUGAGCCACUCUCACCACAUGAUGGCGCCACCGCAGCAGCACUUUGGCCCCCCACCUCCACCUCCUCCGCCUAUCAGCCACCCCAUGCAGCAUCCUCCCCAGGGCUCCGGGACGCCACACAUGGUGUACAACCAGGCCCCACCUCCACCUAUGUCCACUGCUCCCCCACCUAUCACCCCUCCACCAGGGCAUAUCAUGGGCCAGCUGCCCCCUUAUUUGAACCACCCACCCCCAGGACCUCCACCACAACACAGUGGCCCUCCUGUGAACGCCCCGCCUCCCCAUCACUACAACCCCAGCUCCAUGCAACAGUUCCCUGAAGACCAGGGCACCCUCAGCCCCCCGUUCAGCCAGCCAGGAGGGCUCAGUCCUGGGAUGUGGCCAGCUCCAAGAGGGCCCCCUCCUCCACGAAUGCAGGGUCCCCCUCCCCAGGGUCAGAUGCCCGGACCACAUCACCCAGAUCAAGGCCGCUAUCGGCCGUAUUAUCAGUAAACUGCCAACUGACUGUACGGGCAGCAGUCUAUUUCUGUUCAACACCACCUGUCUGAUUAAUGUGAUAGUAAACCUCAGGGUUACAGGAUGUAGGACUUUUAUUUUGAUAAAACUGCCCCAAAGUAAAUGUGUCUGUUCUGCACAUUUAGUUAAGUGUACUGAACUCCCUGCUGAACAAACAUGGACAAGAACAGGAAUGUCCCCAUUUUCUAAUAGCGUAUGAUAAAUAUUUCUGUAUAUAUGUCAGCUGAUUACACGCAUAUGUACUGUACAUUGAAAGAUGUUAACUUUGUCUCAAUAAAUUUUUAACA